AAAAUAGUUAAUAAAAUGACUAGAGCUAAAAUAGAACUCGGCGAUGUGACUCCGCAUAAUAUAAAGCAACUGAAGAAAUUAAAUACAGUCGUGUUUCCCGUGUCAUACAAUGACAAAUUUUACAAGGACGUUCUUGAGGCUGGAGAAUUAGCGAAGUUAGCUUACUACAACGAUAUCGUGGUUGGAGCCGUGUGUUGUAGAAUAGACACAUCCGAUAAUUCACGGAGACUGUACAUUAUGACCCUUGGUUGUUUAUACCCUUAUAGAAGACUGGGUAUAGGUACUUUGAUGGUGGAACAUGUGCUCAAAUAUGUUGAACAGGACGGUAAUUUUGACAGCAUUUUCUUACAUGUCCAAGUAAACAAUGAAGGUGCAAUAGAUUUUUACAAGAAGUUUGGGUUUGAGAUUGUAGAGACGAAAGAACACUACUACAAGAGGAUAGAACCUGCUGAUGCACAUGUGCUACAAAAGACACUCAGACAACCUCAGGCUGCUCCAUUAGUCAAUGGAACAGUCCCACAUGCCAAGACAAAUGGUCAUGAUUGAACUAGUUAAAAACCCCACUUAAUACACUUGAACAGAGCCUCAACACGGUUGUUAUUGUGAAAAGAGUGAUACAAAAAUAAUUAUGUAAGAACUGUUAUCAAGUCACAGUGAAUACAUACAGCCAUGGUUUAUUAUGAAUUAUAUUAUGGACAGAUAUAACAAUAAGUUGUGGUUGUGGACAUUUGAGGCCAUACCUAGUACUAGAAAUGACUGAAACAUUUCCAAUUUCAAUAAUUCUUUCAUAUUUUGUACAGUUCAUUGUGCUGAAAUGAUGUUAAAUAUCAAUACAAGCUUUGAAUGUGUGUAUCAGAUAAACUAAGUGUUGAUUGAGUCUCAUAGCUUCGAAUUUAUAACUUAACUCUUGAUAAUUCUAACAUGUGUAAAGGAAAAGCUCUAGGUAUUCAUUUCACUGUAAUGAUGACAAACAAAAUUCUUUUUUACUGUAAUUUGUAAGUAAGGUUAUGAGAUAGGUGUAAAAUAUUUCAAUUUUGCUAUAUCAAAUCCCCCAGAUCAUAUAACUUGGUAGUAUACACCUCGCAUUUUAUUUGUAUAAUAUUUUUAUCCAUGGAAUAAGGAAAAGCAGUCAUUUUCAUUUAAUGAACGUAUCGCCGCUAAGAUAAAAUUGGGUUAUUGAACUUAGUAAUUAUUUUUAUCUGGCACAGACCAUGUACUGCACUUUAUAAACAUUGGUGUUAAUUUAUUUGCUUUGUUGUUUCAAAUUAUUGUUCUAUAAUUUUAACCUAGACUUUUAUUUCUAAAAUAUUUCUUAUGUAGUCAUACGUAAUAUGUAUUAUAUUGAUGGAUGAAGUUUGUUACCAAAAAGUCAAUUUCUCCCCUCAUAAACAGUACUGUAACAAAUGAAACUU